AUGGGUCACCAACAGCUGUACUGGAGCCACCCGCGAAAAUUUGGCCGGGGUUCUCGCUCUUGUCGCGUUUGCUCAAACCAGCACGGUCUGAUCUGGAAAUACAGCCUCAAGAUGUGCAGCCAGUGUUUCCGUCAGUAUGCGAAGGAUAUCGGUUUCAUUAAGUUGAACUAA